UACCUGUGGUGUGUAAGCUUGGACACUAGCAAACCGCUGGUGUAAGGCCCCGGCCCGCGGGCUCGGUCUUCCUCUUCGAACUGAGUUUUAAAAGCGACCGAGUACCGAGGUGCAGAGUCGUGAGGAUUACUACCAUCAUGUCUCAGCCAGUCCGUUUAUACACAAAAGGCAUUGUCCUUGGCUUCAAGAGGGGCCUGCGAAACCAGCACCCCAACACCUCGCUUGUCAAGAUUGAGGGUGUCGAUGAGAGGAAGAACACAGAGUUCUACUUGGGAAAACGCCUUGCUUUUGUUUACCGUGCCAAGAACAAGACCGUUGCUAAGGGUGACAAGAAGGCCACCAAGCUCCGCGUGAUCUGGGGCAAAGUUACACGAGCACAUGGUAACAGCGGUGUAGUGCGAGCCAAGUUCAGGCAUAACCUGCCACCGAAGGCUAUGGGGGCAACUGUGCGUGUGAUGCUGUACCCAUCAAGAGUGUAGAAGCCAACAGUUGCCUAAAAAUUGUAUAAUAAAGACAAGAACAACACCAAA